AUGCAACGUUCUCUACAAGAAUUACUACUGGAUGAUUAUCUCGAUUUUGAUGAUCGGAUUGAUGAUAUUGAUCAACAAGAUGAUAUUUCGGCAUCAUUUGAUCAUGAACAACAUAUUCGAUAUAACCCAAUUCAUAACGAGAAAACUAGUCGAGAUUAUCUUCAAGAAAUCAUUCACCAUCCAGUGUACGACUAUUUCAUGGGAUUUGUUGUUAUAUCAAGUUCGAUAACACUUGGAUUGAGUUUAGAAACAGAUGUUGAACAUCUUCAUAAUGCAUAUCGUCAAAAAUUGAUUUAUAUUCUGGAUGAAAUCUUGAUUGCGAUACUCUUCCUGGAAUUUAUCGUUAAGCUGUAUCUAAAAUCGAAUAAUUAUUGGUUUCAUUGGGCGAAUCUCUAUGAUUUUUCCAUCAUUCUCUUCGGUUUCGUUGAAAUCUUUUGGAGUCUCGUUUAUCAGAAGUAUAAUUCCACAAUUAUCAACCUUUUCAAAGGCUUUCGUCUGUUACAACUCAUGCGUUUAUAUCGAAUUAUCAAAUUCUCUCAAGGUUUACAAGUCUUGGCAAAAGCUUUGAUGAAAACAGUCUUGACAUACACGUUCAGCGUUGGAAUACUAGUUUUUCUUCUCAUUUACGUCAUUGCUGUCAUUGGGCAAAUGCUUUACGGAAGGCCCGAAGAAAGUCCUUGGCAUCAUUUUUCGACGUCAUUAUCUGUUGUAACACGGUUAAUGUUUGUUGAUAAUUGGAAUUUAAUUGGACCGGAUCUUGAAGAAGCUGGAAGUCCGCCAAUAUCGCGUUGGUUUUUAGUAAUCAGUGUUUUCAUCGGAAAUCGAAUCGUUACGAACGUUCUUGUUGGAAUCAUGAUUGAAAGUGUGUCUUCGGUCAAUGAUGAUUACAUGAGAGAGAAACGCGAGAAGAAAAUCUUGCGAAAUCAACAAAAACGCGAAGAAUUAAGUAGAAGAACAAUUCAUGUGUUGAAUACACGUUUCUCGGAUACAAAUAAUAAAACGAAUACAACAGAAAAUACAAUUGAAAAGAUCAAAGAGAAAUUGAAAUUAAUUCACAAUGAAACGAUUUUACCGAAAGAUUUCGUGUUUUCUAUUGAUUGGUUAGAGAAACUGAUCACAUGUAGUGAAAGAUCUCAAUUUGAAGGUCAAUCGGUUCGUCAGCUACUUGUUCAUCUAAUUCAGUCAUUAUCAGAUAUAACCGAAGAAAACAUGAGAAGAUUUCAACAAGAACAAGAACAACAUCACAUUUAA